AUUAGUAGACAAGUGCUAUGUCACGCAGAUCGAGUACGCUUGACCGUUCAAAACUUAGGUGUGGAAAAAUUGAAGGUCACCCGCUGGCUUCCACAACAACAAACCAUAAAAGCACGAUUGUCAUUGCUUUACAUUCUUGUGAUCACCAAGAGUUCGGCUAAAGAUAAGAACUCAGAUCAAGUUUCUGAGGUUCAUCAAACGAUCAUGAAGUGUCUGCUGACUUUCUUCGUCGUGGGUAUUGCCAUUUACGGAGUAGAACCAGCAACAUUUUUUAUUCCAGUAGAAUACAAUGAAAAUGGCCGACCAUUUGUUGAGUACAAUAGCAGGAAAUACCCAAUCGUUGGGGAAAGGCAAUUAACACAUGAGGAUGGAAACGGUUGCACUGUUGUGCUGUCACUGAAAAUGCCAUCGAAAGAAGAGCUACUGAAAAAAUCGGGCUACGUUCAAGGGUCGGUACUCUGCUUUCCAUUCUUUCCAUGAGUAGUUACACUGGAUCUGGUGGACCAUUACAUACAUUUAGCAAAAGAAUUACUUUUUUAUUUUCAAGACAAUCAUGCAAAUCGUACGUCUUGCGCAUUGAUUUUCAAGUACAUUGAUGUCUAAGCUCAAAAACUCCGAGAAAACCUACAAGCUUUAGGUAGGCACUAGAAGUGUUGCUGUAAACAGAACGAUGUUUAACAUGUUUACCUU